UAAAUUUAAUGAAACUCAAAGGAUUAUUUUGAGGUUUUAAGGAGCCAUACAGUUUCUCUGUUUUUUAGCGGCGCCUCUCAUUUUUUUUCUUUCUUUUUUCUUAUUGAAUUAUUUUCAAAAUCUCUGUUCUGAUCUUUCUUCAGAUCCUUUCUGGAUCUUUGUUAUUGGGGGUACCAUUGUUGAUUUGGUCUUUCCCAUUUAUAUAUCAAAGGUUUUUUGGUGAAAAUGUUUGGGUUUAUGAAACUACCGGCUAAUAAGAUUUCUAAGCAGAAAUCAGUAGAUCCUGGAUUUUCAGCUACAACUACGAACCCUAUUGAUUCAGACAACAAAGAUUCCGAACAGAACAUAGUUAAACCUGCCAGAAGAACUUCUUCUGAACAAAUGCUAAUUGUGCCAGAUUUUGAAGAUGAUACUGAGAAGAGAAGAGGGGACAGGUACAAGAACGAUUUUCGCGAUUCGGGUGGGAUAGAGAACAAGAGUGUUCAAGAACUAGAAAAAUAUGCUCUGUACAAGGCUGAGGAAACGACAAAGAGUGUUAACAAUUGUUUGAAGAUAGCAGAAGAUAUUAGGGAGGAUGCUACUAGGACACUUGAGAUGUUAGACCAGCAGGGUGAGCAAAUUACCCGGACUCAUAUGAUGGCUGUUGAUAUAGACAAGGAUUUGAGUCGGGGAGAAAAGCUUUUAAAUAAUCUUGGGGGCAUGUUUUCUAAGACUUGGAAACCGAAGAAGACCCGAGACAUUACCGGGCCUCUUACAACUGCAGACAAUGCUUCCAAAAGGAGUGAAAACAACUUGGAGCAGAGGCAAAAGUUUGGUUUAGAGCCUGUACCAACUGGAAGGUCAGUUACAAAGACCCCACUCUCUGAAACGACAGGUGCCCUGCAGAAAGUUGAGGUUGAGAAGACAAAGCAAGAUGAUGCUUUGUCGGAUUUAAGCAACAUUUUGGGUGACUUGAAGAACAUGGCUGUAGACAUGGGAAGCGAACUUAACAGGCAAAACAAAGCUCUUGAUCAUGUCUCCGACGAUGUGGAUGAACUCAACUCUCGAGUGAAAGGUGCCAAUCAACGUGCACGCCGAUUGAUAGAAAAGUAAGGAGUGACAGAUGCAUUUAAACAGCUUACCAAGUUUUGCACAAGUGUAAUUAUAUUGUAAUUUGUUUUUUCAAAACAAUUUUCUCUUUUGAUUGUUACAAGUUGUAUUUUUCUUCUCUUUUGAUUGUUACAAGUUGUAUUUUUCUUCCCCUGUUCUGCCAAUGUAUGCAAUAACACGAGAUAAAUUUUCUUGUACUUAAUUCUGUUCUCUGUUUCUCACUUCUUAAACAAGCGCACUUAGAGAUCCCUUCAGUUA